AUGAAGAAGGGAAUCCACCCCGCCUUGCAGUGGCUCAGCCUCGUCACGCCGCAGGGCCGCCUUGUGCGCGUGCUGUCCGCGCAGGUGUUCAAAUCCGACCGUCCGUUCUACAUCCGCGAUCCGGGCAAGAAGGCGGAGACGGAGGGGCAGAUCGCAAAGUUUAACAAGCGCCGGCAGGUGGAUGGCAGCCGCCACGUCAGCAUGCGGCGGAAUGACGUCAGCGCGUGGCGGCCCGCCAACGAAUUCACCAGCUGCUGCGAGGAGGGGGAUGGCGCGGGGAGAGGGGGGACGCAUGACUCGGGGGCAGAUUCUUACAGGGGUGAUGCGUGGUGCAAUGGGGUUGGAAUGGGUGGUAAGGAGGGAGAUGAAGGUCGCAUGAGUGGUAGAGCACGAGAGGGAGAGACGGCCUUUGAGGCGCCUCUAGAGCAGCAGGAGUAUGCUUCAGUGGGGGCAAGUUCUGAGGGGUCUGCAGCAGGCCCGCAGGGGUGUGCUUGGCAGAGGCAGCAAGAAGGGUACUCUGCCCUGCCGUUGCACUCUCAACCGGAGUUUGAGCGUUCCUAUGGGGAGACAGAGACGGCUUUUGAGGCGCCUAGAGAGCAGCAGCAGCGUGCUUCAGGGGGGACGAGUUUUGACACUGUGGAGAGUGCUGAUGGCGGUGGCGCUCCAAUGGCAGCGCGCCACGUGGCGGAGCUGUCGCCGUCCCUCCACAGGCACCCGGAGGGAUGGGAUGCGGCGCUGAUGCGAACUCUAGAGGCGGAUCCUCUAGGGGUGCAUGGUGGGGGGAUGAUCAGUGCAGGGGUGGAUGGGGGAGGAAUGAAUGGCGCAUGGGUGAACUGUGCAGUGUUGAAUGGAGCAGGGAUGCAUGGUGGAGGGGUGGACGGUGGUGGAAUGAAUGGUGGUUGCAUGCAAGGUGCAUCGCCCCCCCACACCUCUCCUGCAGAGCUCCUUUCGUGUGCGUCCACCUCCUGUCUCCUCCACCUCCGCAGCCUCUCCCCCACUCCCACUCCCACCCACCCAUCCCAUCCCGGCCUUUCCUUAUCACAUCCGCCCGUGGUUCCCGCUCUCUCCCUCACCACCACCACUGCGCCAGCGCCAGCGCCGCUAACUCCCCCUCUGCCCUGCUGCCUCGCUGCCGCAUGCCCAACUCACACCCCCUCUCAUUCCGCCCCCUCCUAUUCCGCCCGCUCUCAUUCCGCCCCUCCAGUUGCACCGCCCCACCAUGUGUCGCACAAUGCCUGUCAGCACCUCAAAGGCCUGGCUCCCCUCGUCCUGUCCACAAGCUGUCUCCUGCCGCUUACCCUACUCCCUCUCACGUCUCCUCUUCUCGAACCUCUUUUUCCUCCUCUCGAGCCUCUUUUUCCUCCUCUCCUCGCCCUCCCCUCUCCUCACCCCUCCUGCCCGUCCCCUCUCCUGCUGUUUCCUCUGCACCGGGCUCGCAGCAGCCUUCCUCUCGUUACAGUCACACCAUCUCUGCCGCUGACAACCAUAGACAUUCCAAUAAUCGACAUGACGAUUUGCAUCGCUGUUGCCAGCAUUGCACUCACUGCACAUGCUGUCAGCACCAGCGGCACCAGCAGCACCACCACCAGCAGCAGCAGCAGCAGCAGCAGGGACUAUCCCAGCCGCCCUCCUCCUCCUCCUCCUCCUCCUCCUCCUCCUCCUCCUCCUCCUCCUCCUCCUCCUCCUCCUCCUCCUCCUCCUCCUCCUCCUCCUCCUCCUCCUCCUCCUCCUCCUCCUCCUUCUCGUCCUCCUCAUCCAUCUCACUCCCCAGUGUACGAGUCGGAGUUCUAUUCCAGCAUGGUGCAUCACAGGGGCAUCAUCUCAUGGGGUGCGGUGGACCCUUGCCAGCAGCAAGCUACCCCGUUCAUACCCAAUCUGCCCCGCACCCCCUUCCCUUUCUCCCCCCCAUCUCCCCCUCCCCCCUAUUCCAUCAGGUACGAGUCGGAGUUCUACUCCAACGUGGUGCACCACCGGGGCAUCAUCUCGUGGGGUGCGGUGGACCAUUGCCAGCCGGACCGGCUGGUGGGCUUCAUCACUGCGCGCCUCGUGCCGCCUGCCGAGGCGCAGGUGUGUGCAGGGCGCAUGGCGUAUCAGGUUUACGGAUCCGGGUUCAUCACUGCGCGCCUCGUUCCGCCUGCAGAGGCGCAGGCGCAGUGUGGCACGGGGGGGAUGGAGAAAAAGGGGGAGAGAGAGGAGGGGGGGGUGGGGAUGGUGCAUGGGGUGCAUGUGUGGGCCAUAAUCUCAUGGGGCGCAGUGGGCCCGUACAAGCCUGACCGGGGUGGGGUUCAUCACUGCAUGCCUGGUUCCGCCUGGAAAGGCACAGGUGCAGUGUGGAAAGAAGGGGGGGGGAGUGCAGCAUGGGGGUAUGCAGCAUGGGGGUGUGCAGCCUACUCUGGCGAACGUGCUUCCUCUGACUCCUCCGUCGCCCCACCACACCCCACCACUCUCACUCCUCUACAUCCACACACUCGCCUCCCCCACACUCGUCUCUCCUGCACUUGUCUCUCCCCCUCCCAUCAUCACCCUCUCCCUACUCAGGGCGCGGACGUGCUUCCUCUGACUCCUCCAUCGCCCCACCACACUCCACCACCCUCGCUCGUCUACAUUCUCACGCUCGGUGUUUCCAAGCGCUACCGCAAGGCUGGCGUGGGUAAGCAUAGCCUUUCUUUUGAGGCGCCUCAAAGGCAUCCCACUUGGUGCAUCUCUUAUCUGCUUCUCUCCACGCCUCCUCUCUCUGCCUGCUACUUCAAAAGCUUUUGUCACCCCUCCCCUCCCAUCCUACCACCUGCCCCUCUUCUCUUCCCCACAGCAUCACACCUGGUGCAUCUCCUACUCUCCCAUGCCGCCUCCCUCCCCCACUGUGCGGCCGUCUACCUGCACGUGGUCGCAUACAACGCCGCAGCCAUCCGCUUCUAUCGCUCGCUGCGCUUCUGCUUCCGCCGCCGCCUCUCGCGCUUCUACUAUCUCGAAGGGGGCGAGUACGAUGCGCUGCUCUUUGCGCGUUACGUCAACGGCUGGUCACCGCCCGACUCCAGGUCCCAGUUGCAAGGGCCUACUCUACAGCUACUGCAGCCUGCAUUCACAGCAGCUUCUGCUGCAGUGUCUGCCGCCAUGUCCCUAGUGUGCGUUCGCCCACCCGCUUCCCUUCUCCGAGCUGCAAUGCAUUCUGCAUGGAUUUGCAAGUGUCUUGAGUUUUUCAGAUCAACUUUCUUCUCUAGAGAUGCAUCUAGGCUUGCGUAA